AUGAUGAAAGACUGCGUACCGCAGUUUCCAUCUUACGCCACUUAUCCAUAUCAUCAUCAUCAACAACAUCCUCAUCAAUACUGGCAAUAUGAAAAUAUUGGACCUAAUUCACCUUCACUGUCGUCUUCAUCACAUCAGACAGACAACAGAUAUCAAAAUCGGAAUCUCUAUCAUAAUGGAAGACCGAUUACAAAUGGUGGAUCUCAAAUUCAGUAUUUCGACGAUGAAGACGAUGAUGAAGAAGAUGGUCCACGUCCUUUUGACAGAAAAAUGUUUAUUGGUGGACUUAGUUGGCAGACGACGCCAGAGAAUUUGAAAACAUAUUUUCAACAAUACGGUGAAGUGCUAGAAUGUAUGAUUAUGAAAGAUGCUAUUACAAAACGAUCGAGGGGUUUUGGAUUUAUUACAUUCAAAGAUGCAACAGCGGUAGACAAAGUAUUAGCCAAAGAACAACAUAUGUUGGAUGAAAAACAGAUUGAAGUAUUGGUUGAUUAUUAA